AUGGUGUAUUGUAUAGUGUAUAUGCUUCAAAAGCUUGGAAUGGAGGCUGAAAAAGUUCCUGAGUUGUGCAAUUCAUUAUACAAGACUUAUGGGACAACAAUGGCUGCUCUUAGGUUGUCUUUUUGUCGGGCAAUUGGUUAUGACUUUGACUAUAAUGACUUUCAUAGUUAUGUUCAUGGAAGAUUGCCUUAUAGUCUAUUGAAACCGGACCGCGUUCUCAAAAGGAUUUUGCAAAGCUUGCCUUGUAGGAAAGUGGGUUUUACGAAUGCGGACACGGGACAUGCGAUAAGAGUGCUUAAAAGACUUGGGUUGGAGGACUGUUUUGAAAGAAUUAUAAGCUUUGAUACUCUGAAUUCCUUGGACGAUAUCAGACCUCCUGAUGACAAAAACGACGAAGAAAUUUUUGAUUUCUGGAAGUACACACGCCGACCUGAUUCUGAUAUGGUGCUUCCAAAGACACGGGUUAUCUGCACACCCUUUGAUAAUGCAUUUGAAGAGGUUUUCAAAUUGGCUGACAUUGACCCUCAAAGAACAGUAAGAGAAAUAUUUCUUCCCUCGUUAAUACACAUGAGAACACUUGCAUUGUUCUUAUUCUUUAGACAUGUUAUUGUGACAAACAAUAUUUUAUUUUCUUUCUAUUAGUUGCUCUCUUCAGUUGUUCUUCGAUGACAGUAUCCGCAAUUUAAUGACAG